UUCCACUUGGAAAAGCUGCUGGGUCCCUGGUUGGAGGUGAGGGAGGAGGUAUAGGAACGAGUGUUACAUUUCCUGCGAAAGAUUGCAAGGGAAAGUACCUGGAGGGCAAAUAUCUAGUAUCUCCGCUCCAGUAUCUUUGUGGAUAAGUGGAUAAGGGGCGGAGGGAACCUGCAAGACUCACAGCGGCUGGAGGCGCAGCUUCCACAGACUGGCCAUGGGGAAAGUGCUGCUCGCCUUUCUCGCGGUCCUCCUCGCCAUUUUCGCUCGCACUUUCCUUGACGUGUGCAAUAAAUUAGGCGUGUUCAAAGAUCUGGCAGAAAUUGAACCUGGUAAUUGCCAUCUAAUCAAAGGAAUUGAAUAUGGGUCUGAAGAUAUUAGCAUUCUUCCCGGAGGGUUGGCGCUCAUCAGCUCUGGCCUGAAAUAUCCAUUGCUGCCUCAACCUUCCCCUGAUCAGCCUGGGCAGAUUUUCCUGGUGGAUUUAAACAAGCCAACCUUGAGAGCUGAGGAACUGAGAAUAAGUCGUGGCUUUGAUGUGGAAUCAUUUAAUCCACAUGGAUUGAGCACAUACGUAGAGAAAGAUGGUACUAUUCUCGUUUUUGUUGUGAAUCAUCCGAAGCAUGACAGCACUGUGGAACUUUUUAAAUUUGAAGAAGAACAUCAUAGUCUGACUCAUUUAAAGACUAUCCGACACAAUCUUUUAAACAAUGUAAAUGAUAUCAUAGCAAUGAGUUCGCAGAGUUUCUAUGCUACGAAUGACCAUUAUUACUCUAAUUAUUACCUGAUGAUCCUCGAGUUUUUUUUGGGGCUUUCAUUGAGCAAUGUUGUUUACUACAGUCCUUUUGAGGUAAAAGUCGUCGCAACAGGAUAUGGAUUUCUCAAUGGGAUUGAUAUUUCUGUUGAUGGAAAGUACAUUUUCCUUGCAGAGACUGCAGGUCGUAGAAUCCUAGUUAUGAAAAUUAAUCCAAAUCAUAUUCUAACUGAAAUAAAGAGUUUGACUGUGGAAAUUGCCCCAGACAACCUGGAGGUGGAUCCUAAAACUGGAGAUAUUUGGACUGGUGGUUGUUGGAAUGCCUGGAAAAUGUUACUGUACAAUCCUGAAAAUCCCCCAGGAUCUGAGGUAAUUAGAAUUGAAAACAUUCUUUCUAAGGACCCUAAAGUGACUCAAGUGUACGUGAACAAUGGAACUGUACUUCAAGGAACAUCUGUUGCCACUGUUUAUAAAGAUAGACUGGUUAUUGGCACAAUUUUCCACAAAGCUCUCUACUGUGAGUUUGGUCAUUCAUAACUUUGGAUGAAAGUAUGCUUUUCCAAACUGUGGUAAAUUGCACUUCUGCAGCCAUUAUAAAACUGUCAAUUCAGGGGAUAUUAAUUUUGGUAACAUUUGGUAGAAAUGAUAUAGAUCAUAAGAUAAUUCCUGUUCGUAAGUGGAAUAUUACCUAUUUUGAGAAUUUUUCCAAUUGUUUGAAAUAGAAGUAAAUUCUUACGUAGAUGGGUAAUGGUAUUGCCUCAUUUUCUCUAUUUCCCAUUGUAUAAUGAUUUUGCUGUACAUGAUGUUGAAGACAUUGAUCCUGAUUCAAUGAUAGGAGGAAGUUU